AUGCCUGGCUGGGUUAUGCGCGAGAACAAGGUGCCUUACUGGCAACGCGAGUUCCAGAAGCACGACGGACUGAGGACCUGGGAGAAGGCCCGCGGAAAGUACCUGGUUCCUGGCUUCAAGGUCAUCAUGUUCAGCAGCCUCGGCGCCAGCAUGUACAUGAUGGGCCGUCUCGUCCUUGGACACAAGACCUGGUUCGGCAAGAACUAG